GUGUGUGUGAGUGCACUCAGUAUGAUUAAAGUCUCUAAUCUCUAAUCUAUAAUCUCUAGUCACAGUAAAUGUGGUCAUAUUCAGCUGGUCUCAGGUCAGGAGCAACAGCAAAGUAGAGAUAAUUGUUAUUAAAAAAAAAUAGCUGUUGUGAUUAACAAGCCGCUUGACCGUUAAACUCCCUGCAGGCCAUUAGCUGAUUGACUGGCCGCUCUAUAACGUCUACAUCACACGCAACAUCACCAAUAUUCACUCCACACAAGCAUGAGGCAGAUUAGCAAACCCACAGUGUAGCAGGAAGCAAUGGAACAUUUUCUUUUUACUUUUUUUUUUUUUUUCCCACAGAUGGUGGAAUGAUUUCUGUUUGUUACCCGUGAAGUCAAAAUUGUUGGGAAAUUGUACAAAGCAAUUCUGAUGAUGCUCACAUUCUCCAUAGAGCACUGGCUGGCAUGUUAAACAUUUCUCUUUAAGAAAUAAUAGAGAUCAGUGAAGCUCCCCUCUACUUCUCCACCCUCUCUCUUUCUCUCUCUCUCUCUCUCUCUCUCUCUCUCUCUCUCUCUCUCUCUCCUAGUGUGUAGUGAGAUGCUGUGGCCCUAUUGUAAAGUGCUGGAGGCUGUAAAAGGAGGGCGAAGGUCAAGGCGGAGGUCCAUGCGGGGGUCACGGCUGAAGCUCUCUUGCUCCUUCUGGUUUGUGCUGUUGUUCGGGGCUGGAGGUUUGAUACUCUUCAUCCACCUACAGGACCUGUCAGACAUGGUGCAGCAGCAGGGACCAGGGGUCAAUUUCAAUGGCUUGACAUGGCAGAUGAGAGAGGAGCUGUGUGCCCAGCAGGACAGCAACCUUACAGGCGGCCUCUCUGCAGUUCCCUUGGGAAGACAACACAGACCUAACGAACCAAGUGCUGAUAACUAUAUCUCACCGAUGCAGUUUCCGGCUAUGAAAUGGAACAAACCAAAUCAAGCUUCUCAUCGUGUUACAAAACGGCACCGGAAACUUCUCAAGACCAGCGCGGCAAUCCGGUCACUCCACGUCAACUCCACGUCAUCAUCAGAGCCUACACCCAGGAGCUGGCAGCACUUCUACCAUACGCAGAAAACUCGUCAUCGCCUGAUUAAAGAGGUCUGUGCGAAAUACCGGAGCAACAUCUCGCGAACAAUAACACCACAUCAUGUGUCUCGCAUCUAUGUAGAGGACAGGCACAAGUUACUUUACUGCGAAGUGCCCAAAGCAGGCUGCUCCAAUUGGAAGCGAGUGCUGAUGGUGCUUGCUGGUGUUGCAUCCUCCACAGACAAGAUAAACCACGACACUGUCCACUACGGCAACCACCUACCACGACUAGACAGCUUUGACCAGCAUGCAGUUUCUGAGCGCCUCCGUUCCUACACCAAGGUGCUGUUCAUUCGAGAGCCAAUGGAGCGUCUGGUCUCAGCAUUCAGGGACAAAUUUGAGAGCCCAAACUCCUACUACCACCCUGUGUUUGGCAAGCCAAUAAUCUCUAAGUACAGGGUGAAUGCAUCCAAAUCAGCACUCAGGACAGGCAGCGGUGUCACUUUUCAGGAGUUUAUCCGCUACCUGCUGGAUGUACACCGUCCUAUCGGCAUGGACAUCCACUGGGAGCCAGUAAGUCAGCUCUGCAGUCCAUGCCUGCUCGAUUAUGACUUCGUCGGCAAAUUUGAGACUAUUGAGGAGGAAGCUAACUUCCUCUUGGAUAGAGUGGGUGCUCCAAAAAACCUCACAUUCCCCACCUUCAAGGACAGAAACCCAGAAGCUGCGAGGACUUCCACACACAUCACGCAGCGUUACUUCACACAGCUCAGUGCCUCAGACAGGCAGAGGGUAUAUGACUUCUACUAUAUGGACUAUCUAAUGUUCAACUAUUCCAAACCUUUUCAAGAUGUGUACUGA